UAUUUUUAUAUAUUUGUGAAAUAAAUAAUAAAAUCGAUUUCAUUAGAAAAUUUAAAUUCAGAGUUCUUACUAUAUUGAGUUAGUCUACCACAAACAUGAUGAAUUCUGGCAUUCCGAUUUUUCCAACUAUGAUCCCAAAUACUGUGAAUCAAUUAUGGUUCAGUGUUGAUGAGCCCAAAAACGAAGAAACAGAACUUAUACAAAUCGAAAGUAUACACCAAAACUGGUUACUCACAGUAGUAAACAAACUUAACGACAAAGACUUUCCAGUACCAAUUGGCAAAACUGCUACUGAAGUAAUGUAUCUAGUUGUUGAUGAGUACAAGAAGAAGAUGAUGAAGAAGAUGAAGAGGAAGAAGUCAAUCAUUCCGAUGAUAGUGAAACCCAUGAUGAGGAAGAUGACGAUGUUGAAAUGGACGUCUCCAAUACUUUUGAUCAAGAUUCUCCAAUUUCUGUUUCUACUAGAUAAUUAAUAACAACUAUAAUUUUCACGGACACUGAUAUAAAUCAUUACAUUGUAUUGUGUACCUUUUUUGCAUUAUACCAUGUACUAACUGAACAUUGUAAUUUUAACAUGAUUAAUUACCAUCAAUAA